AUGACUCUCAUUGCCAACUUGAAGAACAUGGUCCAACCUUUGGCUGCCUUCCAACAUGCUCAGUCCUUUGCUUCGUACCAGGGUGCGUCGUCUCUCCAGUCCAACAACGACGUAGAGUGUUGCCGUCGCCGAAGAAGAGUGAACAUCAACAUCUUUGUUGGAGGUGGCAAUUCCUGUGUUGGAUGUGGUGGUUUCGAUGGCUUCGAUGGCUUUGACUGA